GUUAACGCUCGAGUGUUCCGAUCUUCCCCGAACGGGUCAAUGUCUGGGAAGUCUUCGAAAAAUCCGUGAUUGGUGUGGUGUUCCCGUGUACGGUGAGGAUGUUUCCGCGUUGACCUCGCGUGGUUCUUUAGAACGCAAAUUAUCGCGUUCGCGAGUGUGAACAGUGUGUCUGGGUGUAAGUACAUCCAGAAGACGACGUCGGAAACGUCUUUCACUUCCACGUACCUAAACGGUAUACUUGUCGAGCGUUACAUUUCAUGUCUGUCGCCUCCGCGUAAAAAAAAUGGUAUACGUGAGCUCUGAAUGCAAACGCGACUGAUAGGAUAAUAAAAUACAAGAAAUCCCGAGUGAAUUUGGUGAAAAAAUAAAGAAAUAACAGAAGUGCACUGAGGUGUACGAAAAGGAAGCGGAACCCGAUUGCAACGAAAGAUUCAUGGAGGAGUGGAAGGGAUCAUCGUAGAGAUCGCGCCGCGAAGCGCCAACGUGAUUUCCAUUAACCUAGUGUGAAAAAAAGAAGAAUAAUAAUUUCUUUUUGUAUUUUAAUUUCAAUAUACGCUUCUGCGUGAUUGGAGCCCUGCUGGAAGCGGCGACGUCGCCCCAAAGAAACCCAACCCAGGCCAGAGUGAGAAAGAGGGAGAGGAACAAAGAGGAAGAGAGUGGGACAGGGAGUGAAUCCGAGAGAGAAAGAUAGAGAAAGAUCGUCGACUGUGCUAUAUAGCAGACGUGCUUGCUUUACGAACCGAAUCAAAAACGUUGACCCUGCUCCCCUCGCGGUGCACCCCUCUAGGUUAUUAGGGACCGCUCCUGCUCUGCGUCGACCCUCCCCAGGAAGAAUUUCCGUGUCUCGGGAGACUUCCUCUAUUCAUAAUAGUUGAAUUCUUUCUUUGGAAAAUUUGUGAACAGUGAUUUACAUAGCCCUUGAGGAAAAGCUGAUUCUUCUUUGAGUGGCGCGACAGAAUAACGGAACACGGGGCGUACGCGCGAUGUGAAUAUCGUGCUGUCAUUGAUGUCCGAGGUGGUAACGAGGUAUAAGGAAUCUCCACGCGUACUUGCGUGUCAGGAUUUGCACGUCGAGUAGUCGUGGCGAGUGCUAACCGGUAUCAAAAACAAGUGACAGGUCAGAUAUCCAGAAGGCCAAGUGCCUGGUGGAGGAGGACAAGUCAGGAUGAGCGGGCGACCGAGGACCACCUCCUUCGCCGAGGGGAACAAGCCACCUGCGAAUCCCCCGUUGGGUGGCAUGAAAAUAAGCAGUGGUGCGAUGUACAAUGCAGGCAAGGAUGGAAGUAAGGUGACAACAGUGGUGGCGACUGCUGGAGCUGGUUCAGAUCGUCCUCAGGAAGUGUCAUACACGGACACUAAAGUCAUUGGAAAUGGCAGCUUUGGAGUCGUCUAUCAGGCAAAACUCUGCGACACUGGCGAAAUGGUCGCUAUCAAGAAAGUUCUUCAAGAUAAAAGAUUUAAGAACAGAGAAUUACAAAUUAUGCGGCGCUUAGAGCACUGCAACAUCGUAAAACUCAAGUAUUUCUUCUACUCUAGUGGUGAUAAGAAGGACGAGGUUUACCUCAAUCUAGUCCUGGAGUAUAUCCCCGAAACCGUGUACAAAGUUGCCCGACACUACAGCAAAAGUAAACAGACGAUACCAAUCAGUUUUAUUAAGCUGUAUAUGUAUCAACUAUUUCGUUCACUGGCGUAUAUUCAUUCAUUGGGAAUUUGCCACAGGGAUAUUAAGCCGCAAAAUUUGCUUCUUGAUCCAGAGACUGGAGUUUUAAAGCUCUGCGAUUUUGGUUCGGCCAAACUUCUAGUUAAAGGAGAACCCAAUGUGUCUUACAUUUGCAGUCGCUACUAUCGCGCUCCUGAAUUAAUCUUUGGUGCUAUUGAUUACACUACAAAAAUUGAUGUAUGGAGUGCAGGCUGCGUUUUAGCAGAACUUCUUCUCGGACAACCAAUUUUUCCCGGUGACAGUGGCGUAGAUCAACUCGUUGAAAUUAUUAAAGUUCUUGGUACACCGACACGUGAUCAGAUUCGUGAAAUGAAUCCAAAUUAUACAGAAUUUAAAUUCCCGCAGAUAAAGUCUCAUCCUUGGCAAAAGGUCUUUAGAGCACGUACACCACCAGAAGCGAUGGAAUUGGUGGCACGAUUACUCGAGUAUACACCGUCGUUAAGAAUGACACCACUACAAGCAUGUGCACAUUCAUUUUUCGAUGAAUUGCGAGAUCAAAAUACCCGAUUGCCAAAUGGACGGGAAUUGCCGCCACUAUUUAAUUUCACCGAACAGGAAUUGGGAAUUCAGAAAGAAUUAAAUACAACUCUAAUACCGUCUUAUAUGCAGACAUCAGAGACAACUGGCAAUCAAUCAGAGGCCACGAGUGCUACCGCUGGAGCCAGCGGUAAUUCUAGUGAUAACAACGUCAACACCAAUACACCUUCCAUUACACAAAAUACUGACCCGAGCCAAUCAACAAUGGCUUAAAUCUUCUUUUCUAACGUUGCGUGUUUGCAAAGGAUACAAUUUUUAUUUCAAAUAACCCUCCCCCUCUCCCCCAUCAUAAUCAUCGAAAAAAAGGGAACGACGAAAUAUCACGUCAUUCUUUUUUUUCUCCAAAAAAGAAAAAAAAUGUCCCAAUUUUCCCGAAAUGUAAAUUAUAUAAAAGAAAAAAAGAAAACUCAACGCCACUCCGAUGCAGCGCGAUUGAUUUUGAGCCCCGCCUGCAAAUCUCAAAAUUCCUUCCAAUAAGAUUUAAAAGAAAAAAGAAAAAUAUGCUCUCGUCUCGUUUUGCACGCACGCCCAGCUCAAUGUCAAAUUGCGUGAUCGGUAGUAUUAGUUCAGUGUAUAUAUAUAUAUGAAAAAGAAAAAAGAAUUAAGAAAAUGGCAAGAUUCAAUUUUGAUUCGAAGUCUCUAACGAUAACGGCUAAAAAAAAAAGAAAGCGACAACUAUUCGAGAAUUAUAUAUUUAAUCCCCUUUUUUUGUCAACAUUGUAGAGUUUAAAUAAGUCGCUAGAAAAAAAUUCAGACAAAAACCUUGUACACGCAAAAAAUCUUUAAUUGCAUUUUGAAAUUUUGUUCAAUUCUAAGGAAUGAGAAAUAAUUUAUGACAUUUCUUGAUUUUAAGAAGUGAAAUUCACAUAAAUUAUUCAGAAAGAAAAAGAAAUUAAUUUUCAAUAUUUCAAAUAUGCAAAAAAAGAAAACUGACUUGUGCAAGAAAUUUUGAAUAUUGUCACACACUUUUCUCAAAGAUCGAAAAAUAUCUUCAAAUUUUCUUUCUUUUUCUACCUUUUCUCUAAAUUAACGAUUUCCAAAAUGACUAAUUUAUUUGGGAAAGAUUUUUUUUCUCUAAUUCUUUUUUAUAAUACUCUCGAAAUUUGUUUUUAAAUUCAUUUUUCUAUUUUAUAAAUUUGAUGAAGUAAAUUUUAAUUUGAGAAAUAUAAAUUCAGAUUUAAUUUUUAAAAAUUGAAAAUUGAAUAUGAAUUAAAAAUUAAUAAUCUAUAGUAAAUAAUAAAAUUCCGUUGAUACGGCAUUAAAUGAUUUGUCACAAAAGACAAAUUGUGAAAUUGUUUCUUUGUAAAUUCGUUUUUAAAAACAGAAAAAAAUACGACAAACUUCUACUUGCAUUAAAGAAGUGAUAUUUAAAACUUUUUAAGAAACGAAUUUUUUGCUCUAACAAAACGUUUUUGAGAAAAAAGUGCAUGCAAUGUUUUUUUGAAACAAUUUUUAAAAAUGCGACAUGUUUAAACUAAGGGAAUGACUCUCUCUCAAAAUUCAAAGUCGACCUCGAAGAUUUGUCUGUUUAUGCCUUAUCUUGUACAUAGACUACGGGUUUUUUUUCUCCCUUUUGGCAAGACGUGAACAA